AUUCUUCAAUUUUGUACAGUUAGUUACAUAAUGGAAAUUUAGUUGUAUAUCUUUGAAGUUUGUAUCUUUCUUUACUGGUAUUCGAAUCACAUCAGAAGAGGGAUUUUGUUUUCAGCAAGCUAAUUUUUACUAGCCCAUUUAUGCUUCGGAAUGUAUUCAAGAGGUCCAAUUCAUCAUUUACAUCAUCAUAUUUAACGCCACAAAUGUCUAAUUUUAAACUUAGAGAUUAUCAGGAAGUUGCUGUAAAGUCCGUUCUCGAGGCCGUCGACCAAGGCAUCAGGCGUCAAGCAGUGGUACUCGCCACAGGAGGAGGAAAGACUAUGGUGUUCUCCUAUCUUAUUCCAUUCAUAAAGUCAACAUCACCUACACGUCACAAGACUUUAGUUUUAGCGCAUCGUGAAGAGCUCGUCAAUCAUGCAGCACAGACGAUUCGUAAUCUUAAUCCUCAUCUCAAGGUAGGGAUAGACAAGGCCAAACAACGGAUGAGCGACGACGACGAUGUAGUCGUAGCGUCAGUGCUGACUUUGGUGUAUAAUAAGUUGGCCCGCUUGCAGAGAUACGACAAGAAUGAGUUCAAAGCCAUCAUCCUCGACGAAUGUCACCAUGCUGUUGCCACCACCUGGAACAAAAUAAUAGACUAUUUUGAUGCCACAACCCCUGAACUGCCAGUGUAUGUUCUAGGAUUCACAGCGACCAUGGAAAGAUACGAUGGGAAGCCAUUGGGAGUGGUAUUUGACAAGAUUGUGUUUGAAAGAAACCUUGUAGAAAUGAUCAAGAAUAAAGAUUUGGCGGAUAUUAAGUUCUCCACCAUUGAGCUCGACGUAGACCUCAAAGCCAUCAAAGAGCUGAACAAUGAUUUUGACACUGAGAGUCUUGCUGAUGCAUUGACGAGUUCGCAUACUAUCUUGCAAGUGGCAUUGGCAUAUAAAAGGCUAAGGGAAAAGUUCAACUUCAAGUCGACCUUGGUUUUCUGCAUCAACAUCGACCAUUGCAGAACAUUAUGUGCUGAACUACAAAAGCAGGGAAUCAAUGCCCAAUAUGUCACGGGACUAACUAAUAAAACAGAGAGAGCAGAAAUCCUUGCAGAUUUCAAGAGUGGUGAGAUCGCGGUGUUAUGCAAUGUUCUGGUUUUCACUGAGGGAACUGACAUCCCUAAUAUCGAUUCACUUUUCCUUGGACGGCCAACCAAGUCACGGCCCCUUUUAGUCCAGAUGAUAGGAAGGGGGUUGCGUUUACAUGAGAAAAAGACACAUUGCCAUGUAAUAGACAUAGCUUCGACAAUGAGCACUGGCAUU